UCAACUCAAAAGUAUUUAAUACAGCUAUUUAAGUGUUCUCUUGUAAUUUGUUUUGUGCCAGUUAGUUGUAAUUUCUUUCUGUAACAUGGACUGUUACAAACAUUGUAAAAAAUGCCUAUUAUCUUUAUGUAUAAUUCACUCUCAUGAACAAAUUAGAUUUUUCUUCCAUGAGUGAACUAUAAUAUGAAAUUUAAUGUUCUGACCUUUCUUAUGCUGGGUUGCUGAAAACAGUGUCAUUUAGCUUUUCUGAAAGCCCAGGCAUUUUUUUGUUGUUGGUUUUAUGCCUUGUUUUAUAUUGUUGCUUUUAAUUGCAGAGAAAAAUAACAUUACCCAUGUAGUUUUCACACUACUUCUUAAUAUAUGCAGGCUCUAAAGUUCUUGCAGUAUAAAAGAAAAACUCUAUUUUUUUUUCCCUGGGAGCUCUGAUGGCCAGCAUUUUCGUUAAUGACAGACAUUUCUCUGGCAUGAAGAUGUUUUCAUUUGUAUUUACUUUACAGUACAGGGCAAUUAUGCUGCUCUGUGUUGUGCACUCCUCAUAGUUUCUAUCUCAAAAGAACUGCAGUGCUUGGAACAGGACUGCAGUUUGAAGCAGGUGUUGUGUUUUACUGUUAUGCAAAAUAACACUAAAAUAUAAUUGUAAAGGAAAUUCAGGAAACAGCUGCAAACUUGGCAGUGGUAACCACUACAUUGUGUGAGCAGUUGUUGCAGCAUCUUACAUCACAUCUAGCACAGCAAAGAUUUGCUCCAGCAAAGCUCACCGUUACUUAUUUUUGCUGCUGAAACCUUGUUCUCAUGAGAGAGGUCCACUAGGUCUCACAAGGGAAGACCAGAUCAUAACCACAGAUACAGUGCUGUACCAUCUCUAGUGCCAGUUUUUUAAUUGGUACUUUAUGUUAUAGUUUAAGCUCUCUUUUUAAAAUUUUAUGUAUAUACUUUUUUUCCUUCCAAUGCUAAGGAAGAUGAAGGAUAGAACCCAGUUACUGGAAUGAAGGUUGCAGAAUGCCUUAACCCAACUAACAUAUGGAAGCCUACAUAGGCCUGAGGUGGUAAAAUAGUAAAAUAAAUGGCCUAUAGCGGGCCAUCUGCCAUUUGCAGAGCAUUUUCAUCAUGCUUCAUGCCAAACUGGAAAUUAGUCUUUGUAUUAAAAAUAUAUUUUGAAUACAAAUCAAAGAUUUCAAAUGCUUAAUGUUACACAUGGCAAACACAUUUCUAUCUGGGAGCUGGAGAAGCCCAGGAAAAUUGCACUGGAAAAAUAUUGCUUAGUUUGAUCCUUAGGGCUCAAAUAAUUUUCUUCUCUUUCCCAUCUCUUUGUCUUCCUGGUAAGAGCUGAUUUACUUCUUUAAAAUGCACUCCAGAUAUGAAAAGUCCACUCUUGCAUGUGGCAGCUAAAGGGAAGAAUAUCAGUGGGUUCCCAGUGUGGUGAUUUCAUGUUAAGUCCUUGCAGCUAGCACAGCUUGUCCCAGCUGAGGAUCUGCCUCAUAAACGGGGCUUUUAAGGAGUUGCUCAUCUUGAAAGUAUUUUUCGAGCAUCAGCUGAUCAAUUUUCACAGAGUCCCUCUGAAAGGAAGGCAGCUGAGGUAUCCUCAGUUUAUUGACUGAAGAAAUCGAAGCUCAGGUUUUGUGCAAGAAACUCAGCAGAGCGUGUUUGGGAGGUUUCUGAAUAUUGGGUUAUGCUAAUAUUACAGUGCACAUCCAAUCCUGACGCUAAAUAGGUUUAAGAGCACUCUGAAGAAGCAAAAGACAGGGAUGCACAGAGAAGGAAGAGCCAAUUUCUUUCAUCUUGUGCAGAAAUAUUUAUGUGUAAAAUCACGCUUAAGUCAGAUAAAUCAUUGCUGCUGGUAACACUGAAUCCAAAACAGUGCUAGUGAGCUAUAACAUGGAUAUUUUGUUAACAUUGCCUAGAUACUUGCCUUUCUCUACACACUAACACUUCGAUUCAAAGGUAUUUGGGUGUAUCUUUUGCCAUGCAAUUGUAACACAUUCUUUACAUCAGUUUCUUGUAUGUCUCUCAGUUGUUAGUGCUCUAAAGCUACAGCAGCGCCUUGAAAAAAAACAAGUCAUUUGUCCUUCAGGAAGCUGGGUCCACUUGUGAGUUUUCAUGGUUGCAAUUAACACAAGAUGUUAUUUAAAAUAAAGCAUAUGAAAUGGGGAAUAUUUAAUAAAAUACAGAUAUUUUAUUCCCCCCUUCCCCCACCCCUUGAAGAUAAAGCCUUACUUUAAGCAUUCAUCCUUUGGAUGUGUCUAAUGAUGAUGGAGUUGGAUGAUGAGGUAAUUAAAAAGAAAAAAGUGAAUAGUAAUGCGUACAGAGGGGUGAUGGGUACAUCAUGAAUAUAGAAAAAGGUUUCAGAUCUGAAUGGAAAUCAGGAGAACGUAGAGGAAUAGGUGUGUGUGUUUACACCUCAUGACUCAUAGCAUCGUGUGCUGUCUCUCUCUCCUGGCAGAGGUCACGGAGUUGAUGCGGAGCUGUUGGGAAUCGGGAGCUGCCCGCACCACAAUGCCCUACCCUGCCCCUGGCCUUGGCAAGUUGUGAGCUUCUCAUGUCCAUAAGGAGGAAGGAUGGCUCAUGGAAUUCCUUCACAAGGCAAAGUUACCAUAACGGUGGAUGAGUACAGCUCCAACCCAACACAGGCGUUCACUCACUACAACAUCAACCAGAGCCGCUUCCAGCCUCCACACGUGCAUAUGGUCGACCCUAUCCCAUAUGACACUCCAAAGCCAGCGGGCCACACGCGCUUUGUCUGCGUCUCAGACACGCACUCCAGAACAGAUGGCAUCCAGAUGCCUUAUGGGGACAUCCUUCUUCACACGGGCGAUUUCACCGAGCUGGGACUGCCCUCCGAGGUUAAGAAGUUUAAUGACUGGUUAGGAAACCUACCAUAUGAAUAUAAAAUAGUGAUUGCUGGGAAUCAUGAACUGACAUUUGAUAAGGAAUUCAUGGCAGACCUUGUUAAACAAGAUUACUACCGCUUUCCCUCUGUGUCCAAAUUGAAACCAGAGGACUUUGACAAUGUUCAGUCACUCCUGACAAAUAGUAUUUACUUACAAGAUUCAGAGAUAACAGUUAAAGGAUUCCGAAUAUAUGGUGCCCCGUGGACACCAUGGUUUAAUGGAUGGGGCUUUAAUCUACCCAGAGGUCAGUCUUUGCUAGACAAGUGGAACCUUAUUCCUGAGGGAAUUGAUAUACUAAUGACACAUGGACCUCCCCUUGGUUUUCGAGACUGGGUUCCCAAGGAGCUGCAGAGAGUGGGUUGUGUGGAGCUGCUGAAUACAGUGCAGAGGCGAGUAAGGCCCAAACUCCAUGUCUUUGGUGGGAUUCAUGAAGGCUAUGGCAUCAUGACCGAUGGCUACACCACCUACAUCAACGCCUCCACGUGUACAGUCAGCUUCCAGCCCACCAACCCUCCCAUCAUCUUUGACCUUCCAACCCCUCAAGGAUCCUGAAGCACUACUGGGGAAGGUCUAUAAACUGCCAUUUUCUAAUUGCAAAACUUACAUUCAGUUACGUGUUUAUUUCAAAAUGGGGGCUGGGGGGGCAUUUUGGGGGAGCGGGGGUUUAUGUUUUGGGGUGGAGUUUGGGGCUUUUUGUUCUUUUUAUUUGUAAAUUGCUGGUGCAAAAGAAACAAGAAGAAAAGUUAGAGGUUGUGCUUUUUGGAAAUGCAGCGUUCAUUUCAAAUUGAUAAAACAUUGUGAAUUUGUAAAAUGAAUUUUGUUUUUCAAUAAAUUUGCCAUUGUAAAUUGUUAUAGUAUUCUCAAAAGGACAGCCAAGCUUUCUUUUAAUAAGUGAGAGACCUUAUUUUAAUAUUAUAUUAUAAGCUAAAAAAUAGGCAGCAUUUAAAUACACCCAAAUUUGCACAACUUAUGUUAUUGUCAGGGUUUCUUUAAGUGUCUUCUUUUUCCCUAGGUUUAAAUGUUAACUUUUUAUCUCCAUUUAUAUAAUUUUUCUUAGUAGCACAAACAAUGUUUUGGGGUCCAUUUACCUCUUGACAUGUACAUGUACUUAAACUUGUUUCUGUUCAUGGUAGAAUGCAGCAAGGGGAGAGCCGACUUCUCAGUUGUUUGUCUCUACCUGCUUUAUAAAGACUGAUCUAGAUAGCCACAGCCUGUAUGUGAUAUCUACCUUCUGUUGUUUCUUUUUUAAAUUAUUUUAGCUUUAAAAGACUGAGGGUGAAAGCUGCAAAGAGCAGGUAUUUCAUGCAGUAAAAAAAAAAAAAAUUGUAAAUGCGGACUCCUUUUAAAUAUGAAUUUAUAUAUAUAUGUAUUUUUUGUGCAUUAUAACUAAGCUAGGAUUUAAUAUUGCCAGUAUAGCAUCUGCAAAAUUAUGCUGUACAGCACAUCUAAAUUAUGAAGGAUGUGACACAUUUUUCCAAGUGCUCAAGGCCUUCAAGAGCCCGAGUUAAAUCUUUGUUGUAGUUCAGGCAUGUAUAGAGUCAAAUGGAUACAAUCAAGCCUAAAUAAAAUAAGGCUUAGUUGUCCUUUAUAUUUAAAUAUUCUUCUUGUCUUUUUUAUUUCCUUUUUCUUAUUUUGCACUGUGUGUAAAUGCAAUCUCACUAGCACAAAAUAUUGUUGAAGAUAGUUAUUUCUGUUCCACCACUGUAAAUGCUAUUGAGCUUUGUUCUGUUUUAUGUUACCUUGUUAAUGGAAUUUAGAAAAGCAGUUGUUUCUUUAAAUUUAUUGUGAUAUUAUAUCUAGCGGCCUUUAUAUGCAAAUAAAAUUGCAAGAUUUUUAAA